CCGGGUCGUGGUGCACUACGGGAGUGGCGCUCGGGCGGGCAUGGAGGAGCGGGGCGAUUCUGAGCCGACUCCCGGCUGUAGCGGUCUGGACUCGGGCGGUGUUCGCGAUGGCGUCGGCGCUCACAAGUGGACGCCGCAGGACGCCUGGAUGAGCACCCACCCUAAGUAUUUAGAAAUGAUGGAAUUAAAUAUAGGAGAUGCCACUCAAGUUUAUAUAGCAUUCUUGGUUUACCUGGAUCUCAUGGAGAGUAAAAGUUGGUUUGAAGUAAACUGUGUGGGAUUACCUGAACUCCAGCUCAUCUGCCUGGUUGGUACUGAGAUAGAAGGGGAAGGGUUACAGACUGUGUUGCCUACACCCAUCUCUGCUUCUCUCAGCCAUCAAAGGAUAAGGGACAUCUUGAAGGCAUCUCGAAAACUACGAGGUGAUGCAGAUCCGGAUUUGCCAAUGUCUUUCACUCUGGCCAUCGUGGAAUCUGAUUCUACCAUAGUCUACUAUAAACUCACUGACGGAUUUAUGCUGCCAGACCCUCAGAAUAUUCCCCUUAGAAGAUGACAUCUGCACUUCUCAACACUUUAUUCAUAAAAGAUUGGAUUUGAGACCCAUCCACCUGCUUUUUCUUUUAUCUCAGUGAUAGUCAGAGUUGAUUUAACUGUUUCCAUUCCAUAAGUUUUCUUUCUGAAGAAUAAAACUUUCCCAGAUAGAAGAAUUUGUAUUGCUUGAAACUAUAGAGUUGUUGCUCUAGAACUCUUAUUGGAGACAGUUUGGUUACAGUUGUGCUCAGAUAUAUGCCGAGUAUGCGUUCUGAGGGGUGGAACCGCUGUGCCUCUUCAUCACCCACAUUUAUUCAAGCCACUGCUGGCUUGUUGAAACCACCACCUCUUCCCUUACUCUGCUCUCCCAGGGCCUUCUGGCCUCCGUAGCCAGCUUGGGCUGGCACUUUGUGUACAUUGUGACAUGUGGAGAGUUUAUUUCUGCAUGCUUUUCCAUCUUUAGUAGAAAGUAAAAGAUUUAUUUGAAUCAGUUUGUUUUUCUGUUGCACUUACUGUUAUUUCCCUCUUUGGUUGACUUUAAAUCAAAACUAAAAAUAUGCUUGUCAAGAGUGUAAAUUCCCAUGUCAGGAUUGAUAGAGACCAGAGAAAUGCUACCUACGAGAGUGCUGGGCCUUCCUUUUGAUCCUGUCACCACCAUCCUUAUUAUAUCAUAGCUGGAAUAUUAUGAGAGAGAGUGAGGGACAGUUUCAGUUUUAAAAAUGUAUUUGUUAAUUAGACCCAGUUAUUCCUCUUUUAUUAAUAUCCUCCAAUUGAGUUGUCUAAGUAUAAAAAAUAAUAUGCACAAAAAUUUUCCAAAUGGUAUUGCUUUUAUAACUCAAAUUAACAAUCACUUAAAGUUUAGGGCAGGAGUCAACAGCACACUUUCUUUAAAGAGCCAGAAAGUAAAUAUUUUAGGCUUUGCAGGCCAUUUUGUCUAUGUCACAACUUCUCAACACUAACAUUUAUACCAUGAAAACAGCCAUAGAUAUUAUGUAAGCAAAUGGACAUGGCUAUGUUCCAAUAAAACUUUAUUCUCAAAUGUGGGGCUAUCCUGUGUCAUCCUCUGGUCAAGGUAAAUAGUCAGUAAACAGAUCUAUGAAGGGUAUGUUAUGUACUUAUUAAAUUUAUGGAUGAAUAUUAUGAAAAACAAGAAAAUGUUAAAAACUGCAAGAUAGAAAAGUGUACAAAUGAAUGUGAUCCUGGCUGCAAAUAAUACACCAAAAAUAUAUAAUAAAAAAUGGCCAAGUAGAUGAAAUUACUAACUGUGGUUAUAGUAGGAUGGCAGGGCAAUAAUGGAUAACUUUAUCUUUCCUCAAUAUUUUAGCUUUUAUUUGUGUUACUUUGAUAAUGAAAUAUUUUAAAAUAAAAAUACAUCAAAAUCUGUUA